UUUUAUGAGAAUAGUCUUAAGAAGAAGAAUUAAUUCUGUUUAUUUCUGUUUUCUGUAAAGAUUUUCGACCUACUGCCUUUGUUUACUAAAUCGAGUCGAGUUGAAAUACCAUGACGUACUGAUAUUUUAAAAAAUGUUUUUGUUUUGGAAUCGACAAACGGAUUCUGCUCGGGAAGCAGCUUUACGCAUUAGGGAACGUUUGGAUCAAAGGUUUAUAGAAAAACUAGACAGCCUUCACAAUGGGGCGUGGAACACUGGCAUGGUGUCUCGAGAAGAUUUGCAAGAGGCCUAUCGAAAAUCUCGAGAGAUUGAACAGAACCAUAGGGUUAAUAUGUGGUACACCUUUGGCAUAAUGGCAUUUGUAAUGCUUUUAACACCAAUUUUCUAUAAUCUAUUAACAUUCCUCAUUGGUGUCAAGUGUUUUUUACCACAAAAUGUUGUCGUGUGGGAAGCCACAAGACCUAUAAGCGAUUGUGGUUUUUGUAGAGGAGUCGAGGGUCCGCUUAUAUUAAAAAAUAUGACUCGAGAAGAAUUUGCUCCAUAUGCCUACUCUUCAUUGCCCAUAGUAAUUAAAAAUGCUGUUAAUCAUUGGCCAGCUACCAAGCUGUUAAACUUGAAGUUACUGAAAGAGAUUUAUGAACGCAAUCCAGGGUCUCUAGAUGAGGAUUGCCAUUUUUUAAAUUUCCAUUCGGAUUUAAAGUCCAUAAGUGAUGUCUUCAAUAUGUCACCAGAGAGAGCCAAUUUAAGUAUUGGAAAUACAUGGUACGUAGGGUGGAGUAAUUGUCAUCCUGGAGUUUUGGAAGAACUUCGAAAACUUUAUGGCCGACCACACUUUUUGCCCGUCGACGCGGAAAUGUCCAAUACCGAUUAUAUAUUUCUGGGAUAUGAGCAAGGAGCAUAUAUGCAUUUGGACUAUAUACAUCGAUUAAUGUGGCAAGCACAAAUUAAAGGAAACAAAAGCUGGAUAUUGGCUCCAACACCGGAAUGUGAUCAUCUUUGUCAAUCAUUUUCAUUUAAUGUUGAACCAGGCGAUGCGGUUUUAGUUGACACUCGCGUCUGGUAUCAUGGCACAUCCAUUCCAAAAGGACAGUUAACUUUAACCAUACAAUCGGAAUAUGGUUAAAAAUAGGAAUGCACAAAUUAUAUUUUAAUUUUUUUAGACUGAUAUACUAAAAGUAACCGCAUCUAUACCUAUUUAAAAAAUGUUUUUUAUUUAUUUUGGAACUAAAGUAACUUUAGUUUCACAUCGCUAUGAGUCUUUGAUUUUCGCCAUCGGGAGUAAGGGUGAA